UUUUCAGAUAUGAAAGAUCUGUAGUUAUGUCUAGUGCUAUAGUUUCUCUUUCACAUAGUCAGCAUCGAAAGCACGUACUCGGUCGUGCUGAGCUCAGAAACGACUAUAGUCCUGCAGUUCGUAAUACUUGGACUAGAGUUAACCAAACUCGGGAGAAUGUGGAAUAUCGAAAAGUACAGGUCAGCAAAAGAAAAGGAUGGAAAACAGUGCGAAUUUUUGUAUCCUCCACGUUCCUGGAUUUCCACUCUGAACGAGAAUGCCUUGUAAAAAUUGUGUUUCCUCAACUGCGAUCAUGGUGCGAACAGCGAAGAAUUCAUCUCAUUGACUGCGAUUUGCGAUGGGGUGUGCCCAAAGACUCAACAACAGAGACUACAAUGAGGAUGUGUCUGAGCGAGAUUGACAGGUGCCGACAGGACAAUUACUACCCCUUUUUCCUCAAUAUGACCAGUGAGAGAUGUGGGUGGGUGCCGAGUGAGGCCGAGGUGCCUCCUGGGGUCCGUGAGGACUACCAGUGGGUGUUCGGACUCUCAGUCACGGAGAUGGAGAUCAUGCAUGCUAGCUACAGAUCAGACAACCCCAAUGCUAUUUUCAUGCUGCGAGAGAGUUCGUUCCUUGAAGACAUUCCCGAACAGUACCAGUCGAUGUUCAUAGAGAACAAACUGGAAUCGAGGCACAAGCUGAUGAUGCUGAAGCGUCAGCUGAUGAGCGUCUUCCCAAAGGAGAGAGUACAACAUUACAGUUGCCGGUAUGAGGGCAUCGACCCUACCUCACAGCUUGUGAAACUGUCGGGCUUAGAUGAAUUUGGACUAAAGGUGUACAAAUUCUUCAAGGAGCGAAUCGAGGAGCAAUACCCCCUCGAGGAAAUAGAGAUGGACCAGUACUCACACCAGAACGAGAUGCACACCUCCUUCAUGGAGAACAGGGCCGCCUCCAUCAUCGGCAGAGGAAACAUCCUGAAGGCAGUGGACGACUUCAUCACGGAGGGUACCGCAACAGCGCCCUUCGUCAUUCUGGGAGGUCCUGGACUGGGGAAGUCGUCAGUGAUGGCGAAGAUAGCGGAGGUGUACCAUGGGAAGUCAAUGAGAGGAGAGCUCCCGAGUCACUUCGACCAGCCCUGCAACGUGUUCUAUCACUUUGUGGGAGCAACUCCAGGAUCCACAGAUGCUCAGUUGAUGUUGAAACGACUUCUUAAGGAGAUGAAAGUGUGCAACGACGAGAAUAUGCCUGUCGGCUGGGACUUGAUAUCACAGACUGUGUUCUCUGCCUUCGACAACGAGAACACCGCACCCUGUAUCUUAGUAAUAGAUGCAGUGAACCAGCUGGACAAUGCAGACUCACAGUCGGUCCUCGCCUGGCUCCCGUUCCAACACAAACCCCAGAUCAAGGUGAUAAUGUCGAUGAUCAACGAGAGUUCGCCUCACAAGGUGCUGCAGAAGCGAAUGAACAAUGUGACCGAGUACCCAGUGCCUCCUCUGGACAAGACUGUCAGGCGUCAGAUAGUAACAGAACUGUUCGAGAAGUACAACAAGAUUCUGGUGGAUGAACACAUGGAGAUGUUGUUGGCAAAGGAGUCCAGCGAGAAUCCUCUGUGGUUAAGUGUGGCUUGCGAGGAGUUGAGAGUGUUUGGUCAGUUCCAGAAGAUCGCAGAGAAGAUAAAGAGCAUCGAAGACGAUUUGCUAGGCCUACUUGGCCAAGUUUUGAAGCGGUUCGAGGUUGAAAUCGGAGGGAGGCUUCUAGUGGCCACUCUCUGUCUCAUAGAGUGCUCCAGACACGGUCUGCUGGAGUCUGAGUUGUUGCAGCUGCUGGCCGAUGAAGACAACCUGUUCCCUGAAGAGUAUGCACAGAGGUUCAAAGAUGACACUAUUGAUGACUACGUUGAAAGUGUAGGCAAGUUGAUGUUCAGUUCAAAAACUUUUGAUUAUUUCGAGAGGGAUAAUUUAGUUGUGUGUAAUUAUUUAGAAGAUGCAGACCCGGAUGACCAUGUGAUCUCGUCUGAAGCAACGAAAGGGGGAGACAGACUGCCUUAUAUUAAGUGGUCCAAAGUGUACCACGCCCUCAGGACAUAUUUGAGGCCAUUUGGGGAGUCGGGUGAGGGCAGAUUGGACUUCUACCACAGGUCACUCAGCAAGACUGUGCGCAGAGCAUACUUCAAAACUGAGACAGGCGAGGACAACACCAAAAUGUACAACUGGUGGUACCUCAAACUUGCUAACUUCUUCGAAAAGUCUUCCAACAUCGCCCGAAAGGUCGAAGAGUAUCCGUAUCAGCUACGUAACAUCGAGGACAAAGAGCGGCUCAAAGAGGCUCUUCUGGACUGGGAUGUCACCGACCGAAUGUUCAACGAGGAGUACAGCAGUGAGUUGCUGUCCUAUUGGAGAUUCGCAGUGCCUUCUUUCGAAGAGAUAAAAGACGCGUACAAGAAGAAACUCGAGAGUCUGAUCAAGUCUUUAGAUGAUAGUCCGGAAGCUAGGGAGAUCAUUGCUCUCAGGAACGAGAACGUCGGUAGGAUUCUGAUUCAGGCAGGGAAAUACGCAGACGCUUUGCAGCUAAUAGAGACAGCCAUGCAUUAUGAGAAAGAAGAGCUAGGUUCGAGACCCGAGCGAAUGGCAGCGUUGCAUGAAUCGCUAGUUAUGGUCUGGGAUGGCAUUACCAAACUGCAUGGAUACUACAAUCGUGACCAAAUUUACGAAGUACGCCCCUUGAUCGAAAAUGCCAGAGCUGCUAUUAAGAUUCGUAAAAAGCUCACUGGCAGAGCCAAUCAGUAUAAACUGGGUUUCGAUUACAUAACCUUGGCCUUUCACAUGAAAGGCUGGACUUAUUUGGGCGGAACUACAUGGUUAUCUCGAGGAGCUGCUGAACAAGAAGCGAAGGCACUGAUCAAACAAGGCGUGCAAGUAUUCAAAGAUCUAAACGAUGCUGGAAAGCUGGCCGAGGCUAUAAUGACUGACGCGGUGAUUAUGAACUCAGGUAAUAUGCAGAUCGAGAGAUACAAGGAAGCCGAACAUCUCUGUGCACACGCUUUGGGCGAGAAGAGUUUCUUGAUGACGAGGAUCUGCAACAACAUAGGAAUUUCUUACGAAGAGUCAAGACAGACUGACAAGGCCUAUGACUAUUUCAGGAAGUGGUACUUCAACUGCGUCGAUGUGUUUGGGGCGACACAUCCAAAAACCAAGAAAGCGUAUGAUGUAUUACAUGAGCCGAUGUAUAAGCGAAUUGCCUCUCAAAGAGGCGAUGAAGUUCCAGAGUAUGCCUUUGAGAAUGACGUGGACGAGAUUCCGACUGUUAACAACAAUCAGAAUAACCAGCAGGUGACACAGCAGCCGGAGCCCGAGGAAGACUCGGACUCGGAAGAUGACGAAAGUGAGUAUUCAGACCAAGAGGAGGAGGAAGAGGAAGAAGCAGAACCUGAUUACGAGGAUGAUGAAAACGGGGAACCUGAACCAGAAGAGGCAGAGGAGUCGGUAGCAAUAUCGCCUGGGACUGAACAAGAAAGUCCGUCGCCUAAUGAGCAGGAACAGCAGAACAUAACUGCUGCGAUUGAGAAUGUAAUCCUGGAAGAUGCUGAGGAUCCCAAUAUCCAAUUCAACUCUCAAAUGGAUUCAGAAGAGGCGGAGGAUGCAAGUGAUAACGUCGAUGAAAACGAAGAGGAAGCGUAAAACGCAAUUCGUUAAAGAACCCACAAAACAUCUUGACACUUUCCUAGGCGCUAAUUAAAGAAUCCAAUACCCCAUAUCAUUCGAUAAUCAGUUGUUACUGAAUACUGAUUUUUUUUCUGUAACACGAUUGCACUAAUAGUUGAACUCUUCUGAACUUAUGUCAUUGACACGAGAUUCUGAUUUGCAGUUUGUCUUCUCGGUUUCUAUUUCUCAGUGUGUAACACGACUGCCGCCAAUUCCUCAAAGGUUCUGUAAAUUUUUGUACCAAGUGCAAAAUUUUCCGGAUUUAAUCGUCACAUUUUUGCUAUGAGUUUGAAUUGUAAAAAGAUAGUUUCUUGAUCCCAAUAGAUACUAAUUAUCAGUUGAAAUUUACUUAGUUUCAUGCUACAUGUACAUAUUUAGCCAAAUCUAGAAGAAUUCUGUGAUUGCAA